GAAAUGGCUCUAACGACAAUCCCUGCUCAGAGACUUACCGUGGGCCCUCCCCUCAGUCGGAGCCAGAAGUGGCCGCCAUUGUGGACUUCAUCUCAACCCAUGGGAACUUCAAGGCUCUGAUCUCCAUCCACAGCUACUCUCAGAUGCUCAUGUACCCUUACGGGCGCUCGCUGGAGCCUGUUCUAAACCAGAUAGAGCUGUACAGUCUUGCCAAGGAUGCAGUGAAGGCCCUGUAUGAGGUCCACGGGAUCAAGUACAUUUUUGGCAGCAUCAGCACCACCCUCUAUGUGGCCAGUGGGAUCACCGUUGACUGGGCCUACGACAAUGGUAUCAAGUAUGCCUUCAGCUUUGAGCUCCGGGACACCGGCCGCUAUGGCUUCCUACUGCCAGCCACGCAGAUCAUCCCCACGGCCCAGGAGACGUGGAUGGCGAUUCGGACCAUCAUGGAACACGUCCUGAAUCACCCCUAUUAGCAAUAGUACUGACGGCAGAGCAGGAGGGGUUCGUUCUCCUCCCCAAGGCCUGGGGCUCCUCCUAAAACCCAAGUUAUGUGUCCCCCUCCCUGAGCCUUUGCCUGGACCCCUUAGAAAAUAAACAUGAGUUUGAAUAGGCUUCUCUA